ACGACCUACAAUAUUAUUGAUAAUCUGCGCGCUGAGAAAAAUUGAAAUUUGUAUAAGCGCGUGAUAGAAGGGUCGUCACAAAUUAUAAUAUUUGUUUGACAACGCCAUUUUAGUUUUACCUGAAGAUUACCGUGGGAUUAAACAUAAAAGUGAAUGAACAUGAGUGCAGACAGGCUUUAAGUCUCACAGAAUCACGAAUCACGUGAUUGGCUGAUAGAAUAUAAAAAAUUAGACGAGACUUACCUGUAAAGAUUGGCUGAUAGAAUUCUGAUCAGACUUCAACUUACCGAAGGUGGAGAACUGGUACAAACUCUUUAGGCAUCACUAAAUCAAGAACUAUAGUUUACGGUGCAAUGACACAACUUCGAAGAAAAUAUGUGUGGUUGGGAGUAGUAAUACCAGCAAUACUUUUCAUAAUAAUGCUCAGAUCACAUCUAUCCAUGACCUCAAAAUUUAGUGAAUUAUUCGGGAAGCAAUCCGAUUGUAUAAACGACGCUACUUUACAGAAAAUUAUUAACAUGUUUGCAAAUGCCUCAAAACAAUCCAUAAGUUCUGUUGACCGUAAUGUUUUAAAAGAAUUAAGCAAAGAAGUUAACGAUAAGGAAGUUCAACAAUCAAUGUCUGACGUGGAUUUGUCACGUGAUAUAGUAGUUCAAAGGUUGAACGGUAAAUGGGUUACCGAAAGCGAUGUGUGUACCACCAAUGAAAAAUUAAGAGUUGCAAAGUUAAAAAUGAAAGGAAAGGAAACUCCAAUUUAUAUUUAUAAUGUAGGAGAGGACAUCUAUAUCUCAGAUAAUGUAGCGAGAUCUGGGCAGUGGGAGGGGGAUUUAGUUGGCUGGGUUUUGAAUCAACUUGAAAAAGACCAAGAAGCUGUUUUUGUGGAUAUUGGUGCCAAUAUCGGCGUGUUUUCCUUGACCGCCGCCAUGUUUGGUCGCCAUGUUGUUUCUGUGGAUCCAGUAAGAAAGAAUGUUCAAAGACUGUGUCGAUCAAUUAUGGACGGUGAAGGGUUCAAGGGACGAGUAAACGUGGUUCACAACGCUUUAUCCGAUUCACGCGGUACGGUACAGUUGGGAACGUACAAAGGAAACGUGGGUGGCACUUUCGUAAAGGCGUUGACAGACCAAAAGCAACCAAAAGAUGAAACUUUAGAGACGGCAUAUACCGUGCUUUUAGAUGAUUUAUUGGAAAUAUUUAAAUUUAAAAAAGCCGUUAUGAAAAUAGACGUGGAGUCGUUUGAAAAUAAAGUUUUAGCUGGUGGAAAAUUUUUUUUUGAAAAGGUGAAUGUUUUAGCCAUGACCAUGGAGUGGACGACACAUAAAACACGCACCACAGGAAAAGACAUCAUAGAUUUUUUAGUUCCCCAAGGCUUUAAACCCCAAACUUCAGGUGGGCAGAUUUUGGAAACUAACAAUUAUGCCAAGUGGCCGGUUAACGUGUUUUGGGUGAAAUCAUAGUCAAUAAAAUUUGGAAAUAUUGAGAACUACUUUUAAUUUGUGGUUUUAUUUUUUAUCGGUAUGUAUAACAAUCAUUUGUUAAUUCAUCUUUACUUUUUAAACGCCCGGGUAAGCCUUACAGGUGUUUGUAGAUUGCCUUGGAACUAUGCAUAUUAGUUAUGGACAUUAUCAAAUCCGUACCUAUUUUUAUACAGUUUCAUUAAUUUAUUUGCAAUUUUAGACUAUUGAAUAUAUUAACAGAUUGAAAUUGGGAGGUUGAUGAAUUUGUACAAUCAGGAAUGUUUUUGAUGAAUCGGGUUAAAAGUUUUACCCGCAUACAUAUUAAAGAUAAUAUGUAAGAUCUCUGUUGGGACUGAUUCAUUAACUUGAUGUAAUUUUUUGAGUUUUGAACUAAAUUACUGCGGUUUGUAAAAUUAAAGGUAAGGGUUUAAAAGCUGUUCAUUGAACAUUUUGAAGAUGUAAGAAAUUUUUAUUUUAAUUUCUUUAGGUGGCUGUGUCUGCAUAUUAAAUAUGUGCACCACCUAUCUGGAGACUCUUUCCCGCAUUUCCCCAUUAAUAAUAAAGCAUAUACUAAAGGCUUUGAGAAUGCUGGAGACUCUUUCACUCGUUUUCCCACUAGCACAAUAAAGCAGUUAUUAAAUUAAAGGCUUUGAGAAUGCUUUAUAAUUUUUAGAGGCUUUUAUAGAUUGCACCGUGUACUGCUGACCUGAAUCGGAAUCUGAAACCAUGAAAACCAAAUGAAUAUAUUUUUAAAAAGUGCAUAAUGCUUUAGAUUUAUAUAUUAAGUUGGGUGAAAUUCAAUUUCUAAUGAAACUGAAAAUUUAAACAAUCUGAAAACUAGCCGUGCUUAUAAAAAUUCAUUUUUAUAGGCACACAUAGACAUGUUGUCGUAUAUUUUCGUCGCCUCGUCCAUUUAUCGGUCCGUUGGUCUGUCGUCCACAAUCUACAGAUCAUAUUUAUCAUCUUACCUUUUUAAAUUUCGACGAUUUCUAAAAAUAAACUCCUUAUCAUUGCCCUUGAUCACUUUUCUAGAAUCUUAUUUGAACUUUAUAUGCACUGUUCAAAUUAGUGAAAUGGAGAACCGUAUUAAUUAUUUAUUGACCUUCUUCACUUCUUAAAAUCUUGUGAACACCCUAGCAAUAAAAUUGAUGAUGGGAUCUGAUUUCAAUUAAUAUGCAUUGUCAAAAUUGUCCGAUCGGCUUCAAUUUAUUUCAAUUGUUUAAAUUGGCGAAACGCAUAACCUUAUUAAAUUAUUAUUUAUUACUUAAAGAGUUAUGCCACUUUUUCUCCUUGUGAUAACUAGCGACAAAAGUUAUGAUCCUAUGACAAUCUUUAUGGACUGCUCAGACAUCUUAGCAGCUGGGUACUCUCCCAUUUCGACUACAUUCCAUCUCGACUACAGCUUAUAACAACAGGGGGGUCACGUGGCUUAGAGGGUAAGACGCUAGCUCGCUAGCCUGGAGGUCGGGUGUUCGAUCCCUGCAUUGGCCGAGAAAGUUCAUCCAGAUUUUCCGGCGUGGUUCUCCCUUAAGGAAAGCUGUCUAGUCGUUCGGAUGGGACGAAAAACCGAGGUCCCGUGUACACAUUGGCGUGCACGUAAAAGAUCCCUUGGCAGUUGGAAUUCGAUAUAAGAGUAGGUCGUAGUGCCGCUGUCCGGGCAAAAUUUCCCUCAUAGCACACUGUAUGGCGUAUGCCCGUCUUCAUUAGCCCAGGUUAGGAGCAGAACAGUAGGACGUUAAACUCCAUUUCAUUUCAUUUCAUUUAUAACAACAGAUUAUAAUUUAUAUGGUUUGGAGGUUUUAUUAUCCCUACUUAUAAACCCUCUCCAUAACUAAAAUAGAUUAUUCUAUAAAAACUUCCCACUUCGACUAUAGCUUAUAACAACAAUAUACGGUCUAGAUUCUUCCAUAAAAAAUAUCGAACCCCAAAGAAAGUAAUUUAUAUAGAAACCUUAUAAAAUAAGUAAAAAGUAAUUUAUACAGAUAGAAAACAAAAUAUAUAAAGAAAAAGUAAUUUACAUAUAGAUAAAAACCCAAAAUAAAAAAGUAAUUUAUAUAGAUAGAAAACAAAAUAAAUAAAAAGUAAUUUAUACACAUAGAAAACAAAAAAAUAAAUAAAAAGGAAUUUACAUAUAGAUAAAAACACCAAAAAAUACUAAAGUAAUUCAUAUAGAUAGAAGACAAAAUAAAAACAAAAAAAAGCAAUCUAUAUAUAGAAACACAAACAAACCCCACAGAUUUAAAGGUAAAAGUAAUUUACAUAGAAAUCAUAUAGAAUAUCAAUAGUUACAAAUAUAAUAUUAACAUAGCACUAGUAGUCCAAAUAUUAUAUUAACAUGGCACUAGUAGUCGACAAUAUUAACAUAGUACUAGUAGUCCAAAUAUAAUAUUAACAUAGCACUAGCAGUCCAAAUAGGAUAUCAACAUAGUACUAGUAGUCCAAAUAUAAUAUUAACAUAGUACUAGUAGUCCAAAUAUAAUAUUAACAUGGCACUAGUAGUCCAAAUAUAAUAUUGUCCUUUAGCAUCCAAUACCUGCUUUGUUUUGGUGGUGUCGCUCCUAAGUUCAAUUGAGCCUAUUUAGAUCGUUCAACAUUUCGAAUUAUGUCAAUAAAUCUAUAGAGGUUAUAAUAACUGUGUGGUAUUGUUUUAUUCAGUCUCGAAUGGAAACCUUCUAGAUUAGUCCUGAGCCAAACAGAUUCAAAAUGGUUUCAUAAACAGACAGGAAAUUUACUCCGAGUUGAUCUUUUGACGAUAAAUUUGAAGAAAAAAAAAUAUAAUAUAUAUUGAAUAAGCGAUUUUAACAAUAAUCAAUAGAUUAAUUACAUCUCUUAAUCAGGGGAACAGUUUAAUGCUGAUUAGUUGGGGGUCGGGAUUUUUGUGGUAAUAAAAUUUCUAUUCGAAAUGGGGGUGAACCAGCUACUGUGGGCGUGUUUUGUUGCUAAAGAUCUGAAAGCCUGAGGUUCCGAACCUUUGACAAAAGCACAUUAUUACUAAAUUAAACUAUGAGAUGAAUACAUAAAUACUCUUUCAAUGUCACUGAUUCAAUGUCACGUUCAUCAGUGGAGAAUAGUUCAGUAUAAGUGCUGAAAUGUAUCAUUUUAAGUUUAAGUUUAUUACAUUUAAUAUAGCGCUCAUUACUGCAAUACAUGCAUUCAAUGGCACUUUACAAUUGAAAUAAAUAAUUUAUUAUGUACAUGAAUAUAAAUAUAGUAUAUUACUAAAUAAUUAAUUAGUGAAGGUCCUUUGGAAAAGGUACGUUUUUAGUGAUUUCUUAAAAAUAUCCGCAAAUGUUUUCCUUUUUGUAGCUGGGACGUAUAGUGAUUGACUGUUUGAAAAAAUCGUGUCGAAUAUCGGCUGGGAUUGGGUUUAAGUAAAUCUAUCAAGUACUUGGGGGCAAGGUUAUUUAAACACUUAUAUACUAGAAGCAAUAGUUUAUAUUCUGCACGGGCAUGUAUAGGCAAAAUUUGAAGUUCUUUCAUGGCAUCUGUUGAACUUGAAUAUUUUGACUGUCCGGGGAUCAUUUUUGCUGUGAGGUUUUGUAUUCUUUGACGCGGUAACAAAGUAUAUUUUAUCAGAUGGACGUAGAGGAUAUUGCAGUAGUCCAGAUGUGAAAAAAUCAGAGCAUUAGCAAGUUUUAAACGAGAAUUUCUAUCAAGGUUGCGGUUUAUUUUCUUGAUAUUGAAUAGUGUUAUUUUAGCGGUUCGGGAU